AUGACAACCCCUGGAUGCUCGAUGGCAGGCCGAUGGAUUGCCAAGCGGCGAAAUAAGAAGCGGAGCUCAGGGCACACGGCAACCUCGAGACCUCAAUCCAAUGAGACAAUCAAUUCCUCCUCUUCAGUCGAGUGUCGCCAUGCAACAAUCAUGACCGGCAGUGUCCCUCUGGGUUGCGAGAGAGCCACGCGGUGGAGAGAACGGCGGACCCAGUGA